GAUGGGUUUUGUCCGAAGUGGGGCUGGAGGGAGAAGAACAUGCAGUGCCCGUGGUGCUGGAAGAGUCUUCGUACCCCGCGGCGACGGGUUUUAGUGGUAGCGUCGUGAGUUUCAUGUUGUCGAUCCAGGCCGAAAGUGGUCACCGGAGACCUGACACUUCUGGCCUCCAACUCUACGGGUCAUUGGGCGUGAAAUCAAGACAAUCCAAUCUUGCUUAACACAGAGAUUUGUGCCACUUGAACCGGGAUUAUGUUUUGGCUUUUAGAGUUGUGAGCUUCACUGUGGUGGUUCUCGUAUUGUGACCAGGACCCAGCUGUAGCGAAAGCACGGGAUAGUAUAAGAGGUCGAGCACUUCUUGUGCCCUGUGAUCUUCUUGGGUUCUCCUCAUUCGGUGCACAACACUGAGUUCUGGGAUAGUUGUGAAGGUUCUGGCCUGGGUUUGAUCAACAAACGACGAACUGGUGUUCAACAUCGUCUGAGAAAGCACUGAUUGGCUAGGCCAUCUUUCAGAAUGGGAACUACUGCAGUGAUGGCCCCUCCAGCCCUUCAGAAAAACCUUGAGUCAGACCAGCCACGGCAAGUAACAAGUGUGAUUACUGGGUACCUCUCUAUUGUCGUGCUGGGUGCAUCUGGAGAUCUUGCGAAGAAGAAGACUUUUCCAGCCAUUUUCAACCUUUACACGCAGGGCUUCUUGCCGGACGAAUUGAAAAUUAUUGGGUAUUCGAGGUCUAAAAUGACUACCGAGGAGCUGCACACGACAAUUCGAGGGUACUUGAAAGCAGAUAGGCAAGAUCCAACCAAGAAAUCUGAGGACGUCAUUCACCAGUUUCUGAGCAAGGUUACGUACAUGCAAGGAGCAUACGAUACUGAUGAAGGUUAUAUCAGAAUGAACGAGGAGGUGUCACGUUUUGAACUAGAGAAGGAUGAUAAAGAUUCUUCCACACACAGACUUUACUACUUCGCUUUGCCUCCUUCCGUCUAUCCGGAGGUGAGCGAAAAGGUCCGGAAACACUGCAUGAAUCCAAGAGGAUGGACAAGAGUCAUAGUGGAAAAACCUUUUGGUAAGGAUUUAGAGUCGUCAGAAGCUUUGAGCUCUGAGCUAGGAGCUCUCUUUACAGAAGAGCAGCUCUACCGUAUUGAUCACUAUUUGGGGAAGGAGAUGGUACAAAAUUUGUUGAUUAUGAGAUUCGCCAACCGAUUCUUUCAGCCUAUCUGGAAUCGGGACAAUAUUGCCCAUGUCCAGAUUGUUUUCAAGGAGGACUUUGGAACUGAAGGACGAGGCGGCUACUUCGACGAAUACGGAAUUAUCCGGGACAUCAUUCAGAAUCAUCUUGUACAGGUGCUGUGCUUGGUGGCCAUGGAGAAACCAGUUUCACUAAGUCCGGAGCACAUUCGGGAUGAGAAAGUCAAGGUUCUACAAUGUGUUGAACCCAUCAAUGAGGAACAGGUGGUGAUUGGACAGUAUGAAGGUUAUACAGAUGAUCCUACUGUUGCAAAGAGUUCCAAUACUCCUACUUUUGCAUCUCUUGCUCUUCGUAUCAACAACGAACGCUGGGAUGGCGUACCUUUCAUCGUGAAAGCUGGGAAGGCGUUGGAUGCUAAAAAAGUCGAAAUACGUGUGCAGUUUAGGGACACUCCUGGUGACAUCUUUAAUUGCAAGAAGCUAGGCCGAAAUGAGUUCGUAAUGCGUCUGCAACCAAAGGAGGCGAUGUACAUGAAACUAACGGUGAAGGAACCUGGCUUGGACAUGAAGGCCAUACAGAGUGAGCUAGACAUGUCGUACAAUCAACGCUAUGAAGAAGUUGUCAUACCAGAGGCUUACGAGCGUCUAAUUCUUGAUACUAUUCGUGGGGAUCAACAGCAUUUUGUGCGAAGAGAUGAGUUGCGGGUUGCCUGGGAGAUAUUUACACCUCUCUUGCAUCGCAUCGAUGCUGGAAAGAUUCCACUGCUACCAUACAAGCAAGGGUCUCGAGGACCGCGUGAAGCUGAUGAGUUAAAUGCACAGACAGGAUAUGUGCGAAGUGAGGGCUACAUUUGGAAAUCCCCCACAAAUUAGGCAACUGCCGUAGCUACGUAGCUGUGUUUGUUUGGUUGCAUGCCCCUGAAAAUGCGGGGGGAUGCUUAACUUACAACCUUGAAGGCUGUACUUUUGAACACUUGCACUAUUUCUAUGUUCUUCAAGAUGUCUUUUAAACUCCAGUUCCGUAAAUUUGAAUAGUUGUGGAGAAUUACUGUCGUCGCA